AUGAGCUUGGACAAGGGGGCGCAAGCUGCUAAGGAGGAGACGAAUGCAUCGUCCAAGAGAGAGGCGGAAGAUUCUCCCGCGCUGGACGAGGACGGUGAUGAGACGUCCGAGGAAGACCUGGAGCAAGAUGGUGACGAAGAGGACGACGACGAAGAAGACGGCGAUGAGAAGGUGCUGGAUGGCAAGAGCCGGAAAACCAUGAAACAGCUGCUGGGUGUUGGUGAGACACAACUUAGCGACGAGCAGCCAGAGACACGGGACGGCAUUUUGUCGCUCGCGCCCGGAAUCCGAAAGACAGCGAAUGCAUCUACGAUGCGUGCCAAGGCUGCGCGCAUGAUGCUCGAACAGCGUCGCCAACGCGAAGAGCGAGCGCAUGUCAAGGACGUGAUUGGGGAAUGGGGUCCACCAGGGGUACAGGCAUCGUCUGGCCCUGUGUAUACGGAAGCGAUGGAUGCAUGGUUAGAGCAGGGCGGCACGAAGGGAUAUGAGCGGCGACUGCGCAAGACGGCACAGCGUGGUGAAGACGAUAUCGAUAAGGCAAGGUCGAUGCAGACCACGAAGCAGGCGCGCAAGGUGAAUGCGCUGGGUAACAAGGAGAUGGCGGUGAAGCAACUGAGUAAGUCGCAUUUCCUUGAGCUGCUGCGCCAAAGCCCCAAGACUACUCAUACCGAGCCGAAUCCCUAG